GAGAGAGAGAGAGAAAGAGCUACAACAGGAUAUUUGUCACUAUAGUUACCAGCAGCAGAUACAGAUCUUGAUUUGUGUCUGUCAUGCUGCUCUCGCUCAGGGCAGCGUGGCUGCAGUGCUGCUGCAACGUGUCCAGUAUCUGAGAUAAAUGCUGCCAUACCUUCAAUACGGCGUCACUGAGGGCAACAUCUAAAGACAAAUAUAUUCCAUCUGUCUGUUACUCGUUGCCAGAAUAUCAAGAUGAGCUCGACCACUCUACCUGUGACCCUUACCCUCCCACCCGGCAAUAACUCAGCCUGCACCACCCUGUACGCCCACCGGAACUAUGCCAGGAUCUUCAUGCCUCUUGUUUACUGCCUUGUGUUCUGUGUGGGACUGUCGGGGAACUGCCUGGCACUCCAUGUCAUCCGUCCCAACCUGAAAAAGAUGAACUCCACCACCUUGUACUCUCUCAACCUGGUCAUUUCUGACAUCCUCUUUACCCUGUCGCUUCCUGUACGGAUGGUCUACUAUGCCCUGGGCUUCCAUUGGUACCUGGGUGAGGUGGUGUGUAAAAUCUCAGGCCUCAUAUUCUACAUCAACACCUAUGCAGGAGUCAAUUUUAUGACCUGCCUCAGCAUAGAUCGUUUCAUUGCUGUGGUUCUGCCUUUGCGCUAUGGUCGACUCCGGAAAGUCAGCUAUGUGCGCUACAUUUGUGUUGCUGUCUGGGUCCUGGUCCUUGUACAGACUCUACCACUCCUUGGAAUGCCCAUGACCAACCAGGAACCUGAUGGCUACAUCACCUGCAUGGAAUACCCCAACUUUGAGACGGUGGAUAACAUUGCUACGAUACUGAUUGGUGCAGUAUUCCUUGGUUACGUCAUCCCUGUGGUCAUCAUUCUGGUGAGCUACACCAUGCUGUGCUUUAAACUCUUUCUCAUGGCCAAAAAAAACCGCCUGACAGAAAAGUCUGGUCGAAGCCGUAAGGCCAUUGGCGUGAUCUGCUGUGUGUCCCUGGUGUUCAUCAUCUGUUUCAGCCCAUAUCACAUUGACAUCAUGCAGUACAUGAUCCGCAAACUGACAUCUAGCCCUGACUGCACUGACCUCACAGCCUUUCAGGUUUCACUGCACAUCACAGUUUGUCUGAUGAAUCUCAACUCCUGCUUGGAUCCAUUCAUCUACUUCUUUGCCUGUAAGGGCUACAAGAGGAAAGUCCGGCAGCUUCUAAAGUUGCAGAUCAGCAUAUCCUUCUCCAGUGCAGUGAAGACCUCACCUGAAGACUCCUCCAAGGAUGUCAUUGACGGAAACAAAAUUCCACUCAACAAUUCUACUUUAGGUACACCCACUGAGAGACUCACAGACAGGAGAUCGUUCAGGUUUGAGUAAACUGUUGAAGCCACCAUGGGUCACCCAUUGUGGUGUUUUAGGAAAAGGACUCCCAACCUGGUUCGAUCCUUCAGGCUGCCACAAUGGACCCUGUUGCAUAAGGUUAAAGAAGGACUAUCUGAGAAUUUGAAGUAGAAGUGAAAUCCAACUGUCUUUUUUAGUAUGUUCUCGCUCAGGAAAGUUGUGAUUACCACAGAAAGAAGAACUAAGAAUCCUUCUAUUACACCUGCCACCAGGCGGAGUUCAGCAUGGCGGAGCAUAACGCACCUUGACACAGAGCUGGAAGA